AUGUCAAACAACACCCAACGAGCACUGACAGGUCUUUUUCUACUCCUGUUAAUUGUCAGUUUGGUCACUUGCCAAACCAAUUGUCCACAAGACGCUCAAGGUUUAACAUUAUUUUCCAGUAUUUCUGGAUUUUCAACUGCUAACAGUCAAAUUACGAUUAGCACAGCUGUCAAGGUUGACAAAUCUCCACCUUACAAACUUCGUUCCAUCACUGUUUUAAAUGGAGGUUCACUUAUUUUCGAUAACGCCAAUUUGACUUUGAAUGUUGAUUUUAUUAGAGUCGAGUCUGGAGCUAGUUGGAUUAUGGGAAGUGCCACAUGUCCAAUUACUAAUAAGAUUGUCUUGACAUUUUAUGGAUCACGUACUACUGAGAAUGAAAUUGGAACAGAUCCAUUUGAUAAUGUGAAUAUGGGAUCAAAGGGAAUUGGUUUUCUUUCUGGAUCUAGAGUUCAAAUCUUUGGUCAAGUUGACUCACCAACAUUUACUGAUCUUGCUGUUACUGCUGUUAAAGGAAGUAAUCAAAUCAAGUUGAGUGAAAGUGUUUCAUGGAGAGUUGGUGAUUCCAUUGUUAUUGCUACCUCAGAUUAUGGUGAAAUGUUGGACUAUACUAAAAUAACUUCUUCAUUGAUUGGUUGGGCUAGAGGUGUUAAAUUCCCAGAUCAAAAUGAAGAACGUAUCAUUACUCAAGUUUUGGAUGGUGGUAAGACUAUUGUCUUGGAUGCUCCACUCAAUUAUACUCACUACAGUGAUGGAGAUAAGAUUAAGCCAGAAGUUGGUUUAUUGUCGAGAAGAAUUGUUUUCCAAGGAGAUAAUUCAUCUGAUGCUUCUCAAUUUGGUGGCCAUUUUAUGGUUCGUUUGGUUACUCAAUUCCAAGUUGAAGGUAUUGAAAUUAGAAAGUUUGGUCAAUAUGGUUUGAUGGGAAGAUAUUCAUUCCAUCUUCACCUUUUGGAAAAUACUGCUCAAGGUACUGCUUUGGGUACUCAAUACUAUAUUAAGGGAUGUUCAGUUCAUGACUCAUUCCAAAGAUGUUACGUUGUUCACGAUACUAAUUAUUUCUUGCUUCAAGACAAUGUCUGUUUCAAUUCUAAUGGACAUCAAUACUUUUUGGAAGAUGGUUCAGAGUUAGGUAAUGUUUUCAAACAUAAUUUGGCAAUUCGUGCCAAGCCAGUUUAUGACUUGACCUAUCGUCUGAUUCCAUCUGAUAGUGAUGUUGCUAAUUUUUGGAUUACCAACCCAAACAAUACAUUUAUUGACAACCAUGCUUGUGGUUCCAAACAUGCUUUUUGGUUUACAAUGCCAACCUUCCCAACAGGUGCAAGUGCUUCCCUGUAUGCUCCAGGUUCUAUCAAUCCAAGAACUGCUCCUCCAAAGCCAUUUUCUGGAAAUGUAGCUCACGGUUCACAAAAUGGUCUUUUUAUCGAUGACAUGGAAAAGCCAGACGGUACAACUGAACAAGCUGGUUAUUAUCCAUCCAUUGAGGCAUUAAUUGAUAAUUUUAUUGCUUACAAAAAUAGAGGUUAUGGUAUUUGGGCUCGUUGUGGUAAUAUUGUUUUCAAAAACUUGUACUUGACUGAUAAUAUGAGACAAAUGAACUCUCCUCCAGGUACUUCAUAUAUUACUGAUUCCAUCAUGAUUGCUGAAUCUGACAAUGUUGGUGAUUAUACUUUGAGACCUUCUGUUGAUGUUGGUAAUAGAACUAGACCAAAUGCUUACUACUCACUUACCACUGUUAUUAAGGGUUAUGAAACUUAUGAUAACGGCGGUGCUGAAUUGUUGAGAAAUGUCACUUUCAGAAACUUUGUCACUGACAAGUAUAAGAGAGCUGGUUGUUUGUCAGUCCUUGAUAACUUCUUCAGACUCCAUACUAGAAAUAGAUAUUGUGAUUUGAAGUUUGAAAAUUCUCCUCAAAGAGUUUUCUUGGAUACAGUCACUUAUGAAAACCACAAGGGUGCUGCCCUCAUGGAUAUUGAUGGUUCCAUCACUGGUAUUGCUGGUGGUGCUUGGAUUGGAGGUAUUGACCCAAUUCAAAACUGGGAAGGUUGUAUCACCAGAUAUGACUGGAAUAAUGCUUCAGUUUGUCCAUUGAUGGGUGAAUCACUCUUCCAAUUGAGAGUUUUGAAUUAUAACAUUUCUGGAUCAGUAAUUGUUGAUCCAUACGGAGUUUCACACGCUGAUUACAAGGAUAACUCAAAGAAGAUUCCAAGAUUGUUCCUUACUGAUCUCUUGAGAAAUAUUCAAGGUACUGUUGCUGGUGUUCAAUCCAGUGGAGGAGAAUUCUAUAUGCAAGCUAACGUUCCAGCUCGUGGUUUCUACGCUAUCAAGUUCAACUGGGAUCUCCCACCUCCAAAUCCAAUGAAUUUGCAAAUGCAAUCAUCAGCUGCUGGUGAUUGGAGUGUUUUGGCUAUUCAAUAUCCACUCGGUUCUACAUUCACAGUUACUUCAAGCGGGCCAGGAACACUCAAUUUGUGUGACUCAUUGGAAGAUGUCAUUAACUUCCCAACCCAAUGCUACUAUUUCAAUACCACAACAGGUCACUUGUACCUCAAGUUGAAGAAUGCCAACUCUAAGAGUAACAAGAAGGAAUGGUACGGAUUUGUUGACUAUGGUAAUUGGGGUAACUCUGUUGCUGUCAAUAUUACUGCCAAAUGUCCAAAUGAUUAUUGUGGUACUUCCACUCCAAGUCUUCCUGCAAAUCCAAGAGAAACUUACAGAGUUUACAUGAAGGAAGAUAGAUUCGUCGGUCGUUUGGAAAUGUGUCAACAAGCUGCUGUUUCUGCAUUGGCCCCUGGUUCUACUAGUGCUGUUGGUUCAGUCUUUGCAUUCUUGAAUUACAAUGACAGAUUAUUGGACAUUGUUCUCCAUCACAAUUUGAACAAUAAGGCAAGUUUGGUUGAAGUUGGUGUUGGUGCUCCUGGUGCAGUUGAAAGAUAUAUCACUUACAGUUAUGUUCCAUCUCCAUAUUCUCAAAGUAGAUUUGGAUUACAAUUAUCUCAUGGUGAAUGGGUUGACUUGUUGAAGGGAAGAAUUUUCAUCAAGGUUUCCUCUACUGAAAAUCCAAAUGGUCACUUGAGAGCUCAAUUGUACUGUAGUGGUAAAUGUAAUUUGCCACCAGCAGUUUCAACAACUUCUCCAUGUACUGUUAAGAACGCAUCUCAAGUUAUUACCUUGUACGAUGAAGGAGCUACCUUCAAGUCAACUGGAUUUACCAAUGGUCCUUAUGCUAGUACUAGUCCUGAUUACUAUGUUGCCAACAUUACCUAUCCAUUCAAUCCAAUUUGUGGUAAUUCUUCUUAUUACUUUGGUCUCAAGAAGGGUGGAUUCCAACUUUACAGAGGUUCAGUUGUCAAUGUCGAUACCAGUGUUUACAAGUACUUUGAAUUUUUCAUUAAGGGAACCAAUAACUCUGGUGUGAUUGAAUUGGUCACUAGUUUUGCUUACUACAAUACCACUUCAAAGACCUAUAUUAAUAUCAAGACUGGUAUGCCAACCAAUGCUACUUAUGUUCAACACUACAAGAUUGAUGAUACUCGUAUCACCAGAGUUAGAUAUCCACUUGCUGAUAUUGGAUUCCAAGGAGUUCAACCAUUCAGUAAAUUCGCCUUCUACUUGGGUAACCAGGGACAAUACAGAGAAAUGAUUAUUGACAAUAUUCGUUUCGUUGGUGAUCAAGGAACUGAAGAAACAUCCAGAUUUAUCACUUCAAGUGAAAUUAAGACCUGGGGAUCUGUUUCUACAUGUGGUGCAUCAGCUAGUCCAGAUGUUGAUCCAUUGAAGAUGUCAUCCUUAUUCUUUGAUGUCACCAAUGAAGUGAGAUCAGGUCAAGAAACACCUAUUGAACCAGGUACUUCAUCUAUUCCUGCACCUUCAUCAAGCAAUACUGCCAUUCCAAGAGCUUCUGCUUUUUCUGGUGCUUCUGCUAUUGGAAUGAAUAUGCUCAUCAUGGUUAUUGUUGCUUUGGUUUCAUCCUUCUUCAUUGCUUUCUAA